GCGGGGCCGGGCCAUGGGGCGGAGGAGGAAGACACUGCACGACUACGCUGCCGAGUUCUCGGAGCUGUCGGUGCGGCGGGAGCCGGCGGGGCCGAGCCCGGCCGGCCCCGUGGAGACGCUGUUCUGCACGCCGUGCCAGCUGCCGCUGCGGGUGCGCCGCGACCGCAUCCUGGAGCACCUCAGCUCCGGCCGCCACUGCCGCAACCGCCGCCUGCUCCGGCAGCUGGGGCUGCGCUCUGCAGGUCCUGACUCCAGCCUGAGCCUGCCCCUGCCACUGGACGUGCCCUCCCUACUGCCCCAUCCCUCCUUCCUCAUCACCACUGGAUCUAGCACUGGCUACAGCAUGGUCCCCUCUCCGCCCUCCUGCCACAAGCUGCUGCUCCCCCACCACCCCAUCCCUGCUGCACACAGGGAUGACCCAACACCCUGCACCUCUGCCAGCCACCCCUCACCACUGGCCACCUUCCACACCAGGAUUGCACCUCUUGGCCAAAGUGGGCCUGCUCCUGAUGCCUCCAACAGCCUGACACCCCCCUCAUGUUGCGGUGACAGCGGCGUUGGCCUGGUGCUCUUUGGAGCAGGGCUUGUGAGCAAAGCCUUGUUGCACAGCCUGGUGGAGGAGACUGGCUGCUGCCUGCUGUACGUGGUGGAGGAUCAGCCAGAGGAGCUGGAACGUGCCUUUGGCACCGAGGUCCUGGCUGGCACCAAGGUGCUGCAGCAGCAGGAUGCUGCCAUUGCACUCAGCGAUCCACGAGUCUCUGGAGCCAUUAUUUGUUCCCCACCUGACAAAACCCCUAAGUUGGUAAGAGAUGCCUUACGAGCAGGUAAAGGUGUGUUCUGUGAGGGGCUGCCUAGCUUGGACAGACAGAUAGCAGGAACCUGUUUCGAUGAGGCCGACAAGUGUGGGAGGCCACUCGUGUGUGGGUUCUACAAGCGCUUUGACCCAGCCCUGCAGUUCUUGUACAAGAAGGUGUGGGACAGCCGGGCCCUGGGCAGGAUCCACAGGAUAUCCACCAGCAGCAGCCUCUAUCCAGGAGCCUCUCUGAGCCUCCCGAGAGCCUCAGGUGGAAUUUUUUACAACACUGCCGUGCAUGAUAUAGAUAUUAUCAGUUUGUUGUUGGGAGAGAGUGUGCCAGAUACAGUAUUUUCCCUGGGCCAUGCCUUCUGUGCAGACAUGGCCUGCCAGGGGGAUGUGGACACGGUCACCAUCAGCAUGAAGUUCCCCAGUGGAGCUAUUGUCACUCUGGACAUCAGCCAGCACUGCACCAGGAGCUGUGACCAGCGGCUGGAGGUUCAUGGGUCUCAAGGGACAUUAAGGUUGGACAACCAGAACCCCCUGGGCAUCACAGAGCAUGGGACUUCUGUGUCCAUCUGUCCCCAGACCCAAGCUGAGCGCUACAGAGACGCAUACAGGGAGCUCCUCCGGCACUUCCUGAGAGCCCUGAAAGGCCAGGAGCCCCCCGUGGUCACCAAGGAGCAGUUCCUCUGGGUGAUCCAGGUGGCUGCAGCAGCUGAGCAGUCCUGGAGGAGCAGAUCUGCUGUGGACCUGCACAGCAGUGCCACAGAUCCAGCUGGAGCCAAGGCUGAGCUCGUGUGACAAACACUCAGCUGGGACACUGGGAGGACUUCAGUGGCUUCAACAGAAGCCUGGAUGGCAGUUUUGGAGUUCCUGCUGGGAAUGCCCAGCAGACAGAGGCACUUCUGAACCAGGAGCACUCGGUGCUGGGGCAGUGCAGGGUUCCUACCACAUCAGCCAGAGCCUGCAAGAAAUUCCCUGUGGUUUCAUCCAGGUGGCUUUCGCUCCUGGAGAGUGCUGCUGACCAGAGAGCUGUUUUCCUGGGAGAAGAGUGAUGCUCCUCAGGCCAAGCAGGGUGGUGUGGGAUCAACAAUAGCUGGGAUGAGGGAGAAGUCUCCCCUUGGAGAGAGAACAGCCACUGCCUGCCUGGAGAAGUCACAAGCAGGUGCCUUCCCAGCAGUGCCAAGGUGAGGUGAUGCUCAAAAAACAGGAGCAUCUGGUCUGUGAGUGUGUCUAGAUUGGAAACAUGGAAGAAAUUCUCCCCUUUGAGGGUGGUGAGGGGCUGGAAUGGAUAUCCCAGAGAAGCUGUGGCUUCCCCAUCCCUGGAAGUGUUCAAGGCCAGGUUGAACAGGGCUUGGGAUAUUGAAAGGUGUCCCUGCCCAUAGCAGGGGAUGGGAUGGGAUGGGAUGGCAUGGCAUGGGCUUUAAGGUUCCUUACAAACAAACCAGUCUGGGAUUCUGUGAUCCUGUUUGGGUCACAGACCCCAGCAGAAGACAGAACCACAGGCCAGUCAGUGUCUCUGCCAGGAGCUUUGGACCUUUGUCCUGUGUGGUCCUGACUAUUCCUGUCUGGUUGUCACAUGCCCAUUUUCAAGAUCAUUUGCAACCUUUUCAUUUUGUAUUUUUAUUGAAUUACAACAACAUUCUCUACUUCUUCCAUUUCAAGGCAUUAGCUUAUAAACUUCUUGCAAGAACCUUUAGUUCAAUUUCCAAUUCCUGCCUAUGGAAUAUAUACUCCUAAAACUAGAAAUAGUGAUGACAUUUGGGUUCUUUCUGGGAAAUUGUUUUUAACAGGGUAAUUUUUCAAGCUCAGAAAAACUGUGUCUUAAUGCUUGUUCUCCAUUCACUAUUUUUAGCCAUUUAUUGAGAAAAAAAAAGUUUUAUGUAUCCAGAA